CGCUCCGUUGACGCCUCGUGUCCAGGUCGUCCUCUGAGGCUCCGUCAGGAGUUAAUUGGACCCUCUGAAGACUGCGUGGACUUGGAUUAAAAAUCUGUAUUCUAGUCUGAACUGUGGGUAGAAGGGAUAGUUGUUUCUUCCUUAGCUUAGUCUUUACUUCAUGGCUUAUCAGGAUACUUAAUGGCAAAUUGGAUACAAAGAGGUGUGUGAAGCACUUUGGUGGGGGAUGGAGUUAGAGCUGUAGUAACUGGAGAGAGUAGCCCUGACUCUGAAAUAUAUAAACACACGUCUGUGGUUUUCCUCCUUGAAGGACACAAUGUUUUCCAAACUAGCACAUUUUCAGGCCGUUGCGGUACUUCGUCGUGGAGUUCAUUCUUCAGUGGCUUCUGCUGCAUCUGUUACAACUAAAAGAACAGUCCAAGGCCCUCUAUCCUCUGAUUACAUUUUUGAACGGGAAUUUAAAUAUGGUGGACACAAUUACCAUCCUUUACCUGUAGCCCUGGAGAGAGGGAAAGGUGUUUACGUAUGGGAUGUAGAAGGCAGAAGAUAUUUUGACUUCCUGAGUGCGUAUGGUGCUGUUAACCAAGGGCAUUGUCACCCCAAGAUUGUGAAUGCCCUAAAGAGUCAGGCGGACAAAUUGACUUUAACAUCUAGGGCUUUCUAUAAUAAUGUACUUGGUGAAUAUGAGGAGUAUGUUACUAAACUCUUCAACUACCACAAAGUUCUUCCUAUGAAUACAGGAGUGGAGGCUGGAGAGACUGCCUGUAAACUUGCUCGUAAAUGGGCCUAUACUGUGAAGGGUAUUCAGAAAUACAAAGCAAAGAUUGUUUUUGUAGUUGGAAACUUUUGGGGUAGAACCUUGGCUGCUAUCUCCAGUUCCACAGACCCAACCAGUUAUGAUGGUUUUGGACCAUUUAUGCCAGGUUUUGAAGUCAUCCCAUAUAAUGAUCUGCCUGCACUUGAGCGUGCUCUUCAGGAUCCAAAUGUUGCUGCAUUCAUGGUAGAAGCAGUUCAGGGUGAAGCAGGUGUUGUUGUUCCGGAUCCAGGUUACCUGACUGGAGUACGAGAACUCUGCACCAGGCACCAGGUUCUGUUUAUUGCUGAUGAAGUACAGACAGGAUUGGCCAGAACUGGUAGAUGGCUGGCUGUAGAUCAUGAAAACGUCAGACCUGAUAUAGUCCUUCUUGGAAAGGCCCUUUCUGGUGGCUUAUACCCUGUGUCUGCAGUGUUGUGUGAUGAUGAAAUAAUGCUGACCAUCAAACCGGGGGAGCACGGGUCAACGUAUAGUGGCAAUCCACUAGGCUGCCAAGUGGCCAUUGCAGCCCUGGAGGUUUUGGAAGAAGAAAACCUUGCUGAAAAUGCUGACAGAAUGGGUACUAUCUUGAGAAACGAACUCAUGAAGCUACCUUCUGAUAUUGUAACUGCCGUAAGAGGAAAAGGAUUAUUAAAUGCUAUUGUUAUUAGAGAAACCAAAGAUUAUGAUGCUUGGAAGGUGUGUCUGCGACUUCGAGAUAACGGACUUCUGGCCAAGCCAACCCAUGGCGACAUCAUCAGACUUGCACCUCCACUCGUGAUCAAGGAGGAUGAGAUUCGGGAGUCCGUGGAAAUCAUUAUCAAGACCAUCUUGUCUUUCUGAGGGCAGUAACUGUGUUCACUGGCUGUUGGCGGCCUGCUGCAGGCAGGUGGUCCGGUAAAAGCUCUGCUUUUAAAGCAGGCACGUUCUACUCCCAUGUGUCCUCAAAGACACUUUUUGGAAUACUUUUUUUCAGUUGAUACAUAAUACGAUGACUAUUGUGCGCCUGCAGUUUGCUGUGUAAUGUAACUAAGAGAAUGCAGCGGCAUCUGUGUUUGGUUAAGUGUUGUUGAGAGUGUGUGUGUGCUUUCUAGGUAAAGUGUAGCUAUCUGUACAUGGGCAGCCUUUAAAUCAAAUUCUUCAGUGUAAUUUAUGUACAUUUUCAUAAUUUCCUUGCUGGUAGAAAUGUUUUAUAUUUGAAAAAGUUAUUUCUAGGGUAUUACUGAAAGACUUGCUUAACAUUAUAAAGUUGAAUCAUUAUAGGCAUUGAAUUUUAGGAAGAAUUAAUGGUUAAGCAUAUGUAAAAUAAAUAGUUUUAAGUAAACUUUGUAUUGGCCAACACCACAGUGUAUUCUAUCGAUGUCAUUAUUUCAAAUUAAGAAUUAAUGCUUAAUAUUCCUAAAUUAUGUUGAGUGCUUGAUUAUAGUUUCUUUUUUUUUUUUUUUUUAAAAGAUGACCGUAAGGGGAUCUUAGCCCUUGACUUGGUGUUGUCAGCACCACAUUCUCCCAAGUGAGCCGUGGGCCAGCCCUGCAUUAUAAUUUCUAAAAAAAUGUUUAUUUUCAAUGUUUCUUUAAAUCUAAAAUAAAGCUUAUAUAUAAAAUGUC